UGCACAUCAGACAAUACCAUUGCGGCUAAGCUAACCCCUCUCCCCCAUUGAUCUCAUCGUUCUCACACUUGCCUCUUCUUCUCCUUCCACAUCAAUUCUGAGGUCUGGAGUUUAGUCUCUGGGCUUGCCACUGGCGUCUUUUCAGGCCAGGCCAACCAGGCUUUAACUCUCGCCAAGCAACUUCGCUGAGCUAUCUGGGAAGUAGUUCGUUGAAAAUUCCCUAAUCGAAAUUCCAGCCCCCGAGAAUUUGAGGAAUUUGGAAAGUGGGUUUUGAGUUCGACGACUCUAGGGAGUUCUUGGUCAACUUCACCCCGGAAUUCGACUAGGGGGAAGGCUGUCUUCGUUGCCUCACGGAGAUCGGAGGUGAUCUCGGUUGCGCGAAGACAAUCCCCAGGUGAGCGGCCCUGUUCAAGUUUGCGACUUCCACUAAGCUGUAAACCGACUUAACUGAGAUGAUGAACUCAGCUUCCAUUUGUAUUGCCGAGAAUUGAGGGUGCUAGUUGUAGCGAAAUUCCACAGGCUGUUUGAAAAUGGUGGCUCGAGUGAAAUGGGGUAGCAUUUACAGAAGGCGAAUGAGAGUGUUUACGCUAACUCUUGUGAUUUACUUGGAUUACAAGGCUUUACAACAAAGAGAAAAAUGGAUUAGCCCGUCUAAAAGAGAUGCUCUUUGGGAGAAGGCCCAUGAGCGGAAUGCUAGGCGUGUUCUCAACGUAAUGAUUGAACUGGAAGGUUUGUGGGUGAAACUUGGACAAUAUUUAUCCACUCGUGCUGAUGUGCUUCCUCGUGCUUACAUAGCACUUCUCAGGCAGUUACAAGAUGCACUUCCUCCUCGUCGCUUGCAAGAGGUUAUAGAUACUCUACUUUUGAUUGCACAGAUUCGUUCUACCAUACAAAAGGAGUUGGGGGAGACCAUGGGCGAUCUCUUCUCCUAUUUUGAUGAAACUCCUCUGGCAACUGCAUCGAUUGCUCAAGUCCACCGAGCAACUUUAGUUGAUGGGCGUGACGUGGUUGUAAAAGUUCAACAUGAGGGCAUCAAGGCAAUCAUACUAGAGGACUUAAAGAAUGCCAAGGCAAUUAUUGACUGGAUAGCCUGGGCAGAGCCACAAUACAACUUCAACCCUAUGAUUGACGAGUGGUGCAAAGAAGCUCCUAAAGAACUCGACUUCAAUCUUGAAGCUGAGAACACUAGAACCGUAGCUAUUAAUCUAGGAUGCAGGAACAAAGAUGGCAUUAACACACAUGACAACAAGGUGGAUGUUUUGAUCCCAGAAGUCAUUCAGUCUGCUGAGAAGGUUCUAAUCUUGGAGUACAUGGAUGGGAUUCGUUUGAAUGACCGUGUAGCCUUGGAAGCUGCUGGUGUUGACAAACAAAGGAUUGUUGAAGAAAUUACACGUGCCUAUGCUCAUCAAAUAUAUGUUGACGGAAUGUUUAAUGGCGAUCCACAUCCUGGGAAUUUCCUGGUGAGCAAGGAAGCUCCACAUCGUCCGAUCUUACUGGACUUCGGGCUUACAAAGAAAAUAUCAACUACUCUGAAACAAGCACUGGCUAAAAUGUUCCUUGCAUCUGUCGAGGGGGACCAUGUGGCUUUGUUGUCUGCUUUUUCAGAAAUGGGUCUUAAGCUUAACUUGGACUUACCAGAGCAAGCAAUGGAAGUGACUAAUGUGUUCUUUCGCACUGCGAAUCCAGCUAACGAUCCUGCAGCAAACAUGAAAACUUUGUCCGAUCAAAGAUCGAAAAACAUGAAGGUGGUCCAGGAAAGGAUGAAACUCAACCAAAAGGAUGUUAAAAGGUUUAAUCCAAUUGAUGCCUUUCCUGGUGACAUUGUCAUAUUUGGUCGGGUCCUCAAUCUUCUAAGAGGACUUUCAACCACUUUGAAUGUUCGCAUAGUGUAUCAGGAGAUCAUGAGACCAUUUGCUGAAUCUGUGCUGCAAGGAUACAUCAGCAAGGCACCAGCAGCAAAUACAGAAUGGAUCUAUGACACACCUGUAAAUUCUGAUGUGGAGGCCAAGUUGAGGCGGCUCUUAGUUGAGCUCGGGAAUGAAGAGAAGAUACUCGGAGUCCAGGUUUGUGCUUACAAAGAUGGGAAGGUUAUCAUCGACACAGCUGCUGGGGUACUUGGGAGAUAUGACCCUCGCCCAGUCCAACUUGAUAGCCUCUUCCCAGUUUUUUCAGCAACUAAGGGUGUCACCGCCGGUUUAGUGCAUUGGCUUGUAGACAACAGGAAACUCAAGCUUGAUGACAAUGUUGUCAACAUCUGGCCGGAAUUUGGAACAAACGGAAAAGAUCGCAUCAAAGUCAAUCAUGUUCUUAAUCACACAUCUGGUUUGCAUAAUGCAAUGGCCAAUCUUAAUGGUGGGAAUCCCUUACUGUUGUGUGACUGGAAAGCUUGCCUGGAACAAAUUGCUCUGGCAGAGCCCGAGACAGAACCGGGUCAGGAGCAAUUGUACCACUAUCUUUCUUAUGGUUGGCUUUGCGGUGGAAUUAUUGAGAAUGCUUCCAGGAAGACAUUUCAGGAGAUACUUGAAGAAGCAAUUGUUAAACCCCUUAAUGUUCAAGGCGAGCUGUAUGUUGGGAUACCUCCUGGUGUGGAAUCCCGACUGGCUAGCCUCACAUUAGAUACCAAUGACCUAAGCAAGCUGGCACAGACCACCAAUCGCCCUGAUCUCCCCUCGACAUUCCAGCCUGAGAGGGUUGGCGAGAUGCUGACCACCAUUCCUGCUCUGUUCAACAUGCUUAUUACACGUCGUGCCAUUAUCCCUGCAGCUAAUGGACACUGCUCAGCUCGUGCUCUUGCGAGAUACUAUGCUGCACUUGUUGAUGGUGGCAUUAUUCCACCUCCACAUUCCUCGUCUUCAUCGCAGCCACCUCUUGGAAGCCACCCCCACAUUCCCAAACUCGGCCGAAAGAAACCUUCUAAACCAAAAGGAAAGAAAUGGAGUGAAGCACUGGUCGGCACUUCUUCAGACAGGAAACAGAAUGACAAUCACAGUAGUGAAGAUGUUGGUUACACUAAGCUUGCUGAUGACAAUUACCCUAGUGAUGAUGAUGUCCCGGCUGAGAGUGCCAACUCUCACGGCAAGUUGCUUGUUAAGGAAGAAACUCGGAUGUAUAGUAACCCGAGGAUUCAUGAAGCAUUCUUAGGGGUUGGGGAAGAGUAUGGUCAAUUGGCCAAGGAAAAUGGGGCAUUUGGGUUAGGUUUUAGGAGGUUGAGAUCCAAGGACGGAACCUUUCUCGGGUUUGGGCACUCUGGCAUGGGAGGGUCGACUGGUUUCUGCUACCCCAAGGACAGGUUUGCUAUAGCCGUGACAGUAAACAAGAUGUCAUUUGGGUAUGCAACCAGGAGAAUCAUGCAGUUGGUGUUUUCGGAGUUGAAUCUGCCACUACCGGUGGAGUUCUCGCUUGCAACGCCUGGCGAGAUAGAGUCGAGCAUCGGGACACCGCCUCUAAUUAACUAAGCGUUAAGUGAUCUCUAUCUAAUGUUAAUCACACUUGUAUACUCGAUAACACGGAUCUCAGCUGUAUGUCAGUCUUUUUAGAACAUUAUGAAACACUUCGUGUCUACAGAGAGUAGACAUGUAAAGUGUUUUCUUUCGAAUUACAGAGACGAAGUCCAGUGUUCUUCGAUAUGUAAAAAUUGAGCAGCAUUUUGCUGUUUCUGAGACUCCUUCGUUCUUCCCUGCCCGCAAAGCUCUUUCGUUUAUUAACCGCCAUUUCCUGUCUGUAUAACUGCAAAGUAGGGUGCCUUUGACAGUCGCUAAACCCUUCAGUAAGUUAAUACAUUUGGCCUUUUUACCGCGCAUA